AUGCCACUAAACCCAAUUCUGGAAGUUGAGAUCUUUGAUGUAUGGGGAAUAGACUUCAUGGGACCUUUCAAGCCUUCCUCAAACGGGCACAACUACAUUCUGGUUGCUGUGGACUAUGUGUCCAAAUGGAUUGAAGCCAUCCCCUGCCCAGCCUGUGAUGCUAAGGUUGUUAUCAAACUGUUCAGAACCAUCAUCUUUCCAAGAUAUGGCAUCCCAAGGGUUGUUAUUUCGGAUGGAGGUUCCCAUUUCAUCAACAAGGUGUUUGAGAAGUUGAUGAAGAGUUAUGGAGUCAAGCACAAGGUCGCUACACCUUACCACCCUCAAACCAGUGGGCAAGUUGAGGUCUCCAACAGACAGAUAAAGGCCAUUAUUGAGAAGACUGUGAGCUUCACUAGGAAGGAUUGGUCACAAGACUUGAUGAAGCUCUUUGGGCUUAUAGAACAGCUUACAAAACCCCCAUUGGAAGGUCUCCUUUCAACUUGCUGUAUGGAAAGGAUUGCCACUUACCUGUGGAGGUCGAUACAAGGCACUAUGGGCAAUGAGAACAAGGCAGCCCAUGACAAACUGAUUCGCCUUAAAGACUUCAAGGUUGGGGACAGUGUGCUCUUGUAUAACUCCAAGCUAAGGUUGUUUCCCGGGAAGCUAAGGUCAAAGUGGGCGGGACCAUUCAAGAUCACGAAGUUUGCCCUAUGGAUCCCUCACUCUACUCAAUCAAGAGGGGAAGGAAUUCACAUCUUGCAGGAGCAGGUUUUAGGAAGGAAAGGCAACUCGAGGCACAACUCGAUCGAGAGAGCAAGCUCGAUCGAGCGGGAACCCAGUCGAGUGGAGUGCCCUGAUGGCCGUCUCCCAUCUCCAGACCACGACCUGCCUCCCAGUUCUUUGGGGGGCACUGAGGGAUUUGCUGAUUUGAAUGCAUUGUUUGAGUCUUUUGGAGCAUUCUGGAGCAUAUGGGACAUGAGGAGCAUGGAGGGACUUGGCACAUGGACGCAGCUCAACUGGAUACGCAAAGGAAGAAGGAGAAGCCAUCUUGAAGACCAGCUCGACCCUACUCGACCAACCGGUCGAGUUCCUCAACUCGACCGGCCAAGCUUCAACUCGAUCGAGCUGAGAAGUCAACAGUCAAACCCGAAAAAUGUUGCUUCCCCCUUGACUUUCCUUUGA